GGCGCGUUGCUUCUAUAUGGAUAAAUAUUAAUGUUCCAAUAUAUCGGAGUGCAUUAAUUAAAUACAAAAAUACGUGUUGUAAAAAAAUAGUAAGUUCACUAAUUGAAACUUCUGUUUGAUAACAUCUUUAGAAUGCUGCUCGGACGCAGUUGCAUAUUUACAGUUGAAAAAUAACUAUUUUACUUUAUAUGAGAGUAAGCAUCAAAAUAUUAUAAAACCAAAAACAUUUAUGGAUAUUUCCAAAACCAGUUGUCACAAAAAUUCUUUUUAUGAAAAAUUUAAAACACAACUAUAUUUUCUUUCAAAUGUAGAGUUUAAAAUAAAUUCUUAAUUUGACCUACCGAAAAGCUUGUGUUACAUUAUGGAAAUAGUUUGAACACUGUGCAACUCAUUAAAAAUAUCCCAAUGUAUUAUUAUACUAUAAGAUUUACUCAACUUACCUGAAUUUAAUAAGUUUAAAGAUAUAUAUAUAAAUAUAAGAGAGAGGUACAGCUCGAUAAAAGAUAAAUGUUGAUAGGAUGGAGGGAGAUAGAGAUUAAAAUAAAAUAAUGACAAAGUAAAAAAAUAUAAAAUUGUUUUAAUAAAAAUAAAGGAUUGCCCAAAACUUCAUUGAAAAAUACAAGUUUGGCUUAAUUACAUCUUUAUUCUAAAUAAACAAGAGCGUCAAAUAAUUAACCACAUGAACCAAUAAUUAUGUAAUUUUAUAUUUUACAGAAAACAAGAUGCAUCAAUUUUGGAACACGCUUAUGUUUUCUACAGCUUUUUUAAUCAAAUGCGGAAUAAUAUCACACAAUUGUAGAGGUAUUUUCUUUAGAAACAAACUUUUUAUUUACACUUUUGUUUGUUAAAAUUACGGUUACCAACUGUGAGCCCUCAAAAUAAAAGAUGUUUCAAACUAAUUUUUAUGGGUCACAAGGUCAUUUAAUUUCAAGGUACAUUUAUGGAAAUAAUAACAAUACUUUACCAAUUCUUCCUAUACUGCUAUUACUGUUAUACGUUGUUUUGGCCUGAGCGGAUACCGUAAUGAGUAUCAGUUUGGGGUUAACUACUAAAAUAUUUGUCACAAAUUUAAUAAUAAGAAGUCACGUUAUUCACAUAUCAAUAAUUUAUUUAUGCAUAAUCAUACACAGAAUAAAUAUCACUGCUGAUGAAAUGUAUAAUGAUUACAGUUCAAUCAUUAAUAAAUAAAUUUCUUUCAGAAAAUAACAUGAGACCAUUUGUCUUCAUAACUAAAUCUUCAUUUAAUACAAUGUGGCUGCUCUUGUAUGUCCUCUUUAUCUAUAUUUAUAUCCAUGUAUCACUACUCUGACACGAAAUAGUGCUUUUAAAUCAGCUGAAAAUUAACAUUAAAAAAAAAACAAAGAUCCAAUAAACUGUCUCAAAGUAUACGUAAAUAUUGUAAUAUUUGACCUGUGCACAUGUCAUAAAUAAAUCCGCCCCUUAAAUGGAUAAAACACCGAUGUAUUUAUUUAUUUAUUUAGACAUUUUUAUAUAGCGCUUACCUUAAAGCUCUAAGCGCUUUACAAUUAUUAAAAACAUGUCAACUAAGUAAAAUAAAAAUGAGACAAUAGGAUAGUAACUACUAUACUAUAGAAACAAUGAAAAUGUAUCAUCUAAGAAGUAACGGUAACGCAACACCCAAAGACACCAAACUAUAUUCACACAAUUUAUACUGUUAAGAAACAGCUUCAGAGUUUUCAGUUUUUUUAACUUGGGCCUCGAAGCUAAAGUACUUGCUCACGUAGCUCUUGGAUCGGGAUCAUGAUCAUAAACUUCUUUAAAAUGAUAAGUCAAGAUUUCUCUUGAUACCUGCCACGAUUAACAGAAUAAGAGGGUAGGUUAAAACUUUGCACGUUAAAUCAAAUCUAAACUCAUGAACCUGAAACAACAAAUAAUAGUUAUGUCAAUAUAUAUAACUGCUUCCAUGCUGUGAACUAGCGCCGAGAAGUUAUAUUAUGGAAUACUAGCUACGUUUCAUAAACGCUGCAGUGUUGUACAGAAAUCUGAUUUUGAAGUAAAAGGUAAUUGUUAAUUUAUUAGAUUCCAUUUUAAAUAUUUGCAUGUACAUCCAUAAUUGUAGCACAAACAAACAAACAAAUAACCCUCUACAAUUUUAGGAAUCCCUUUCUUGAUUUCUUAAAAAAAAAAAUUUGAAUAUUCAGGUGAAAAGUAUAUCAAUUUUUUUAAAGACAUAUAGCUUCCCUUUAAAUUUUACUGCCACCUUUCUCUAAAUACAUAUUCACUGGUGAAAAUGUUAACCCUUCUACGGCAAAAACAAUAGCAGGAAAUGAACUUGAUGUUAAAUUUAAGAUAAAGUGAGGCGCAAUUGCUAAGACUUAGUUUUAGAACCAAUUGCAAAAAGAGCAAUCAUGAAAUUUAUUCUGAAAAGCCUAAUUUUAAUGAUGAAGAUAUGUAGAUCGAAUUCCAUGGAACUAAUAAAAGACGAUGGUAGGUCGAGAAAAUGUGUAAAAAUACUAAAUCCAGAUACUAGGCCAAGAAAAAAAAAUGUCUCAUUACUUUUUGUCUUUUUAAAAUACUGAAAUUAUAUCUAUUACACACACGUAUAAUGUAAAAAAAGCGAAGACGCAAUGCUGUGUGAGUCACCCUGAGCGCGGCUAGACACGUAGAACGCCAUGGUCAUUCAUUGCACCCGAUCCUGUUUCCAAACGUCUCGACUUGUCAACCUGCUGGAACCAAAUGAUGUUAGGCGAGAGGUUGGGGCUGACGACUUGGGAGACUCUUCCUCACUAAAUCCAAGUCACAGCAUGUGUCAAUUUAACCAUGAUUCAUUCCAUCAGCAUCACUGAAAGCGUUUGAUAUAGACACGGACACGUGGGUAGAAGCGGCAAAGGAUCGAGCAGCGUGGUCUACUCUGUACACUAAGGUUCAAUAUAACAUGAAGCUAACUGAACAGCGGCUGCAGAGUACAACAUAUAUACCAGAAAAGCCCGGAUUAACACUGCACCUUGAGAAGUACAAAAAUCCCAUGCACUUACUCCACAAGAACAAUUUGUGGCAGAAUCGGCUUUAGCAACCAUCUGCGAACUAAAUAAUUCAUGAUGAUUAUGGUGGUCAUAAUCAAUUUUGACUGACCAACUAUAAUAACAACAAAAAAUGUAUAUUUUUGUAUUAUUUUUAAAAGAGAUAAAACGUGCUAUUUUUCAGAGAUUUAUGCAAUUGAUUGCCACUCUGCAACUGAGGGAAGCCAAUACAAUGUUACAUUCAAUUUCAACUUACAUGGUACUUUUACAAACCUAACCAUUGAGAACAGUGAUGCGGGGGUCACGGCCGCUAAUUGUGAUAUGAAGAACGGCACAUGCACAGUAUUUUAUCCUAAAAUAUUGAAGGUUGAAAUUUCAAAUAAAAUGUCCUCAAUUAAUUUGUUAUUUUAUAACGUCAAUCGAGACAAAUUAUACGUGGACGCUAACGGGACAUGGAUCGUCAGGAACAAAACAAAGACGGUGUCUUCCUGUACUCUACAUAUAAUAUGUAAGUUGUUAUUUCGGGAGUGUCAUUUCAAUAUAAUAUUUUUUUUUUAAAUUGACAUAGAUUCAUAAUAUUUAUAGCACUAAACAUUUGUUUGUGUCAAUGGCUAUUUUUGUAUUUUAAAAUGAAACUCAUAGACUCUAGCUGUCCCAGCUCUCUGGAUUUGCUUUUAUUUUUUUUUUUAAUUCUUCGCAGUAUUUUCAAAGUAAUAUAAGCAAUAUGAGCGUACGAAAAUGAACACGGCAAAUGAAUAGGAAGUGCGCUGAUGAGAAGAAAAAAUGAACAUUUAAAGUUCAGCGAUGUUAAAAUUGUGUCUACUGCAGGGCAAACAAGACCAUGUUAGUUUUAAGCCUUACGCCAGUAGGUUAUUUUAGUUUUAAUAUUUCCAUUUAAUAUUUCCAUUUGUACUUAUUACAGCUAUCCCUCUAUACCAGUGGUUCUCAACCUCCCUAAUCCCGCGACCCUUUAAUACAGUUCCUCAUGUUGUGGCGACCCCCAAACACAAAAUUAUUUCGUUGCCACUUCCUACCUGAAGAGUGUAUUUGUUUUUAGAUUGUCUUAGGCGAACCCUUUGAAAGGGUCGUUCGAUCCCUAAAGGGGUCACGACCCACAGAUUGAGAAACGCUGCUCUAUACUAUAAAUUUAAAAAAAAUUAUAAGUAACAUUUUUUGUUUCUUUAAUUUAAUGAAAAAAUGGUGUUUUCUUUAGAAAUCUAUGGUUUUAGCAAGACAAGUUUGAUUUUGCACAGAAAACCAUUAUGUGAUCUUAAGAAUACUGUCACGAACAAUUUCAUUUCUUUGUAACAGUUAAUGCUUAAAUCGCCCAAUGAUUGAGCAUUACAUUUUUUUGUAAAAUAACUACAAAAUUAAAUUAAGAAAUGUAAAGAGACACAAAAACAAGCUUGGAUGUGUUCUGGCUCGAAAACAUGUUUUAGCCUCAGAUAAGAUCAUGUUAAAUUACCAAGUUUGACAGAAUGAAGUGCCUCUGUAACAGAGAUUUAAACAACAUGAGUACACAAAGUGCAGGGUAAAAACCAAUGUGCACAUCAGACUCAACUUAAUAAUGUAAAGCGAUUUGGUAUUUAUCUACAAUUAAUGUUUGGCCUGAACCGAAUACAAUGACAUAUUCCUUAGCAGCCUUCUGAGCUUCAAAAAAAAAACAUAUAAUAUUAUAGAGCUGUAACGGCACUAAUAGACUGACUGGUUCUGAUAGACUACGGUGCUGCAAACAAGUACUGCCAUAUGUGCAACCGUUUGGGAAAUGAUGCCGCCGUCCUAACCGCUCCUAGCGGGUGCCAGGGCAGCCUUGAAACUCUAGACAGAUUUCGAGUCAUCGACGGCAUUGUCCAUUUGGUUCCAAGCAAUUAUUGUUCGUGGGAAGAAUGACUGUUUUGAUUGAAUUGUGUUACAUUAAGGCACUAUGAAGCAUUUAUCAUUGUUCCGGAUUUAACUGCUCAUGGAGUUGUCAGAGGUGAAGUCAGUGUUUAUUGUUUGUUUGGCUCUGAUUAAGCGACCCGGCUUCUACGGGUUUAGAUAAGUGUUAGCUUGAAUGGCCGGCACUAGCCAUGUGACCACUUUAUAGAGAAAUGUUAGACGCAGCUUUUCUCGCCUGUCUUUGAGGGAGGGCAUGUCAAAUCUUUUUAAGAGGUCAGUGACGAAGCCAGGAGUUGUGGAUUUGUGGUCACUUGCGAUGAAGCUCAAUGCGUUGCGUUGCAUUCGCUCCAUUGUGUUCACGUCUUGCUUUUGUUAUUGGUCCCUGAUAAUCGCACCAUAUUCUGCUAGUGCACGGACGAGUGCGAGAUAGGCAUUUCGUUUGCAUGAAGGUGGCGCAGAUUUCUUCGAAUGAAACCAAGUGUGGAGUUAGCCUUUUCUGAAUUUUUUUUUAUAUGUGGGUGACCAUUUUAGAUUAUUAGAGAAAAGAAUUCCAAGGUAUGGAUUAUUUGACCAUUGUUGGAGAAUGGUCUAGUUUGGAGAGUAUAUAUAGGUUUAUCGUUUUCUUUUUGAGAUGUUCAUUGUGUAGCAUUUGGUUUCGUUAAAUUCCAUGCCUCGUUUGUCAGCCCAUUUCAUAAGGCAAUUCAAACCUGCUUGGAGGUGGUUGUGUUCAUCGUAGCCAAUUAUCUCUCUGUAGGAUAGAAAAAAACUGUCCUUGAUCAUUUUUAUAACGCUUUAAUACUAUUUUAAACUCAAUCAUAAUGCAUACUUCUCCAUGUAACUAACCAACCAGAUGACACUGAUUAACGAAAUAAAAUUUUCCAUAACCGCGCUAAAAAUGCGUUUUGUGUGUAAUAUUUAUUUUUUUUUGUUUUACCGACAUAGUCUCCUUUUAAUAUUAUGUUAUAAAUAUGUGGUAUCACAAGGGAUAGGACAUUAGGACAUAAAAUAUUAAUAGAGUUCAAGGGCAUGAAAGAAAUGUGCGUUUGUGAAGCUGGAAGCGGGGGCACUAAAUGAAAAGCUUUUAAAGUGCGUUACUUAUUUGCAUGUUUUUCAAGUAGCUUUAGUUUUUGGAAGUUUAAUCAUUUCGGCUGCCAAUUUUUUGUGGGCUUACUAGUAUUUAACAAAUUUCUUCUUCUUAUUAUUAUAUUUUUAUGUCGCAGCCGAAGCUCCACAUGUUUGUUGCACAAGUGAGACAUGCAAUAAUGUCCUGAAGCUGACAUGUGUGACGACUCAUGUACACCCAGAGAUAGUCUGUGAAUUUCGUUCAGAGCACAAGGUUAUCAUAAUUAUGAUAUGCAUAUCUUUAUUUUAGUUUUAUUAUUGUUGCCAACUGCUUAUGUUAUAAAGCGUCUCAGAAUGAUAUUCCCAUACUUUAUUAUGACGUUCCUUUUUUUUUCUUUACUUCAAUUUGCAGGGUUUUUUUUUUAAAUUGCUUAUGCUUUGAAAUGCAGAAAAAUCAGUCAGAUUAAAUUUAAUUAAUUUCUAUACAUUUAAAUUGAUUUUCUCUUUUUAAUUCUCUUUUUUUUCUCCCACAGAAUCAAUCAAUAUUUUCAAACAGCAAGAUAUUGUAUAGCCAUAUAGAGUUACCAGGAAAUAUAACAUACUAUCAAUCCCUAUGUUACUUAAAAAUACCGAUUGAACAGAAAAUUCGUGAGAAAGUACAUGUUAGAUUGCAUCAAAAAAUAUGUGGAAAGAGAAAGCGGCUUUUUAUUCAAAAUUUGAAGGAUCUACCUAUAGGUUUGUUGUUAGCGUUUUUAAAAAAUAAUUUUUAAUUUUUUUUUUUAAAUAUUAACUGUUUAUUAAAAUAUUCUUAUAAUUGCAUCAUAGUUAAAUAAAGAUUUAUCUUUUAUUCGGGUAUCUGCUACGAUACAGUUUAAAAAUAAAGGUAGCUGAUUCAAUGUGUACGAGUCAACACGUUUGUGUCCGUACAGUACUUACCUGAUGUUCAUAAAAUAAAUCACAAUUUUAAAAAAUCCGUAGUGUACGAAUUCAUUGACAGGGUCAUUAGCAGCGUUUCUGUCAGGAAUCUCUCGGGUCGUGGGGGCAUAUCCCGAGCAAGUCAAGUGUCUCAAUGGAGAAUUUAAUGUGUUUAAACUGUUUUAAAAAGAAUAGUAACUGGUGCUUUCAACCGAUUACAAUAAGUGGAUAAUAUAAAUUUUACUACGAAAUUUUUAUUUGAAAAUCCGUAUACUUGAGGCUAAUUGUGUUGCUAACUGACAUAUUUGACUAUAAAUAUCGUACUGGCCGUAUAUGAUUACAAGCAGAAGUCUUAAAUCUCGUUUUUAGCAUGUAUUGGCAUUUUAUUGAUUUAUUUCUUGCAACUUCACAAGUUUUACAGACUUACAUAACACUGUAUUAAAAUACUUUUACAUCAAUUUAAAAAAAAAAACUAAAAUUUUAAUGAUUGUUCUUGAAAACUAUCAAACAUGAAUAAUCUAUUUUCAAAUUAUAAUCAUCAUUAGGGCAUGUAUUUUGAAGUGGGGAGAGGUGUUAAUUAUAAAAUGUAUUAUGGCAUUAAGGUUUAAAAAUUUUUGUUAUUAGCAUGAUUUUUAAAUGUACUGAUUCCAUGUAUUUUAUGCUAGAUCAAAUGAAACCUUUAAAAAAUUGAUAAUUUUUCACACACAAAAAAAAGGGCAAGCCAAGCCGUUUUUCGACAUCUCGAGGCCCCCUGCCGUUUUUCAAUAUUGCAUGGAAAGAUGGUAGUUUAAAAAUGUUCCUAAUUCAAAUCUUUAAACCCCUAACAUAUCUGAGGCACGUUUCAGUCGUAGCGUCUGCCAGGCUCAAAAGAUGAUUCUAAGGUUGAGUGACACCUAAAUAUUUCAACUGUAGAAUGUUGAAAAACUUAAAUGGGCUAUGUGCAUUCUUUGUAUUUUGUUUUUAUCAAACAUUUUCUGGUGACUAUAAAGAUUUAAGAAGCGAGAACACGUUAGGGUAAAUGUAUACAACCAAGAUCGACACAAAUGGAAUUAAUGUAUUUCAUGUCCUACUGGUGUGAAGCUAGAGAUGUAUUUUUUAUUAUGGCUGAUUUUUGCACAACCGAAAGUUGGAAAUGCCACCUCAAAAUAGUAUCAAAGAAACGCCGAAUCCAAGUAUGCCCCAAAAUACACUCCUGCGUUUUGUGUUUGCCAGAUAGUCUUCAGCGCCUUCAAUUUCUUCACCCCGUUUCCUCAGACCGAUCAAUGUUACAGUAUGGGGUCAAAUUAAAGUUUGUUCUAAGUGAUUAAAGGAUGCACAUCACAAUCGGAGUAAAUUCAGUCAAUGUAUGCACUGGGCGACAUAAUUACACUCCCCACCCGACCCUUAAAAAAGUUUCUUGCCCCGUUCAAAAAUUUGAAUUAUUCAAGUAUAAAACCCAAUGCACCAAUUGAAUUUGAAAUAAUCAAACAUUUUUGGGGAGAAGGUUCCUCAGAUCCCUCCUCUGCUCAAGAUGCAUCGGUGCCCUCGAUUUCUGCCCUACUUCCCGCUGAAAAUAAUAUACAAUUUUGCAAUCUAUAAUUAAAACGCCUACUGGCGUAGCUAGUACUAAUGCCGUAGUUUUUGCGGCCAAUGAUUUUUUAUGCUCUCCUUUUUAAGAUAUAAACGCUUCAGUUGUCUGAACAUUCUAAUAAUAAAAAUAAUAAUAACAAAGUUAUUUUGAAAAUAACACUUUAUCCCCAAAGUUUCGAAGCGCGGUAUAUUAUACAACAUGGAAAUACAAAACGCAACAUUACAAAAACUACAUACGAGAUCACCCAUUUUAAGUCUUUUAUCCCUUGCAAAAAUAAACAAUACAGGCCAAUAUAAAUCUAAGAAAUAAUAACCAUCUGGUAAAGAUGGUAGAAAACAUCAACCCAGCAGGGGUUUGCAAAAUAGAUGAGUUUUAAAUUCGGUUUUGAAAGACUUCAAUGUCUAGCUGUUUCUGAGAGCGUUUGGAAGUGUGUUACAAAGUGUUGGGCCAGCAAAUGAGAACGUGUGCCUUACAUAAGUCUCCAGACACACACGUGGUAUCGAGAGUUUGCCAAUACCGGAUGAGCGGAGCUGUCUAGUUAAUACAUCAGGAGCAUUUUGAGAUAGGACGGUGCCAGUUCAUGCAAGUAGCGUUAGCACAGAGUUGAAAUUGUGUACACUAUGCAAGCGUGGACCAGCAGCCAAUGCAAAUCUCUUAGAAGUGUAUUCACGUGGUCAAAUUUGCGUUUGCGAAGAACAAUGCGAGCCGCAUUUUUCUGUGCUUUUUAAUUUUAUCCAGGAGCGUAACAAGGAAGACCCACCAUGAGAGCAUUGCAGUAGUCCAUGCAUGAUAGCACGAAUGCAGACAUCAGUCUCUUUGUUGCAUCAAACGUUCAGAUAGGUCUGAUAAGACUCAUUCUGCGCAGCUCUAGAAAAAUCACCUUGCAAAGCAUUUUAAUGUGAUUUUCCAUAGUUAGUGCUCUAUCAAAGUAAACACCCAGGUUUCGCAAUGUUUGAGCAAACACAAUCUGUAUACCUGCGAGAGUAAGGGAUGGUGUGUUAUUUAUAGAUUGUAGCUUUUGAACGGUAGCAAUGGGUUUCAGAUCGGUCUUUUCGUUGUUCAAUUUGAGCGUGUUUUUUUUCAUCCAGUACUUAACUGACUCCAUUGUCUUCUGUGUCAUACUAAGAAGCGGAGGGAACUGAGAGGGGAUCACGGACAGCUGAAGUUGAGUACCAUCCGCGAACAUGUGAUAUAGCAUAUCAAACUGCUUGAUCACUGCACCCAGGAUCUGAACGUAUAUGUUGAAAAGUAACAGGCCUAGGACCAAGCCCUUGGGUACUCCAAAUUUGAUAAUUGAUUGCUUCGAGGUGAAGCCGUUUGCGACAACUGAUUGGACCUGAUUUGUCAGAUACGAGUGGAAAUAUCUCACGAUGGUAUCGGUAAAACCGAACUUUUUUGCAGACCCUGGAGAAGUAUGCCGUGGUCAAGCUUAUCGAACGAUGCCGAUAGAUCACGUAAUAACAAAAGUGAUGCCUUGCCCUCACCUAAAGACUAGAGAAACUCAUUUACGACACGCAACAGGGCUGUCUCAGGAGAGUGAUGCGCCUUGUAUGCUGACUGGAAAGGCUCAAACAAGUCACACUGAGUGAGGUGGUUCAGGAGCUUGCGGAGAAAAACUUGCUCGAAACUUUUGGAUACAAAUGAUAGAUUUGAAACGGGGCGAUAAUUUUCCAACAUAUUUGCGUCAAGAUUUGCUUUUGUUAGCAGUUGAGUUACAACUGCCUCUUAAAAGAGGAUGGAACAAUACCAAUUUUCAAAUACUGAUUUAUGAUACUAGUUAUGAUAGGGACUAUUUCAUCCACACAUUCGUACAACAGUCCUUAAGGAAGAGGGUCAAGCAAACAUCAAUUUUUAGGGGAGUCAACAAGGAUUUUCUUCACAUCCGAUUUAGUGACGUCUAAAAAUUCGCUCAUAGGAGUGCCAUUAAACGGCUAGAUUCGGGAGCAUCUGUGCUAAUGUCAAAUUUCACCCUGAUUUUCGUAACUUUCGUAAAAAAAAAAAAUCAUUUUUAGCGUCUGGCAACUCACCUACAGCAAUGUUAUUUUGGCAAAGAUGUGUCUUUUUGUAUAUCUGUCAGCUGACUGACAAGACAAAAUAAGUCCCUACUUUAGCCAUAACCUAAAAUAUGGUGACUGACAUAUUCAGUCCUAGCUGCAAGGACCAACUUCUUAGGUUGUUCUUUGUAAUCAAGAAGAUUUGUCAGUGCAUGGUCAAGUCAGACUUUCGCAUUUGCAUUCUGCAUGUCGCAGCUUCUGCUUCGAGUUCUUUAUUUCGGGCGUGAGCCAUGGGGCAGAACGGCGGUCUGUAACACACCGUUAGGACAGUGGUGCAUGUUUGUCUAAAACACCACCAUAUAAAGAAAUAGUGACAUCUGUGUGGUCCAUCCCGUCCGCCGAAUUUCUAUCCCACUGGCAUUGGCGUAGCUAGUGAGUUUGACGUCAGGGGACAGAUUCACUAUGUAGGCACCACUCAACUCUGUAACCAACAAUUUUUUUUAGCAUCAAAGCCGAUUUUAGCACCCCUUCUAAAGUUACGCAUCUAGCCACUGCCAUUGCCACCCCCUGAUUAUCUAAAUAUAAGAUUCUUUUAUUGAUUAAAAAAAAUGGAAAUGUUUUUUGAUUGCAUUAUACAUUUUCAGCAUAAAAAUAAAACAAAUUGAACACAAGACAUUUAUAAUAAAUUAUUUCAAACAGCCAUUCAGUGAGUUAUUUUAGCAAAAUCGGGGACUCAUUCAGAUGUGUGACUUCAGACAAGCACGCUGGUAAAUUCGUACAGAUUGGGGAACAAAAGAAUUUUUAUAUCAGUCAGUCCUCGCCCUGAUGGAAAGAAUUCGUCCCGAACGGCACGAUCCUAAGUAUCUGUGAUGAAGAGGGUGGGAUGUAUCAUCCAAAAUGUGUUUAGUUAUACAAAAACAUCAUUCUUCAAAUAGUUCUUCAAGUGAAGGAUGUUUAGUUUGUGUUAUGUUUCUAGCUUUCUUGAUUAGUCGAUUAAUAAGGUGUUUAAUAUCAGACGUUGAAUUCCCACACAAGGAAGUAAUACUGAAAUUAAGCAUGCUUCCAAAGUUGCACUGUAUAAUAAGGUAACGACUUGCUUGUUUACGCCAAAAUUGUACAGUUUUUAUUUAGGUAAAACAGUCUUUGGUUGAAUUUCUUAUACAAUAUUUGGCUGUGCUCAUGCCAUGUUAGCUUCCACUUUCUCCACAUUUUGAUUUUUAUGUUGAGAUCUGUAAUCUGGUUUUUCCCUCUCCUGAAAUCAACAACCAUUUCUUUUGUUUUUGAGACAUUCAACUGGAGAAAAUUUUCAUCGCACCAAUUGAUAAAGCUUGUAACUAAGUUACGGUAUUGGCCUUCUCCUUCAGAUAGUAAGCCAACAAUGGUGUUAUCAUCAGCAAAUUUUAAGAUUGGAACGGUGUCGCUUGAGCUUUUAUUCAUUUUUAAAUGAGAUUUUUAAAUCAUUUGUAUAUAGUGUAUACAGUACAGGAGAGAGAACGCAGUCUUGUGGUGCCCCGGUGCUUAUUUCUCUGGUUAGAGAUAAUUGGUUAUUUACUUUGACGUAUUGUGGUUGAUUUGUUAAAAAGUUCAGUAUCCAAACCUGAAUAUUUAAAUUUACACCUAAAGAGGGAAGUUUCUUUAUCAUAAGGUGUGGUUGGAUAGUUCUGGAACCAGCUCCCCUUCCAUAUCCGUCAUUGUGAAACCUCGUCCAUUUUUAAAAAGUCCCUUAAAACUCACCUGUUUAGGUCCGCCUAUGACCUGUGAUGCACCCUCCUUGCCCUGCCUCAUUUUCUGUUUCGGGUUGAUCCUGAAGUAUGGGCCAAAAACGUGUCAAAGUGUCCUAGUUUUAUAGCCAUUUUCGUUGUUUCUAUAGUAUGGUAGUUGCUGUCCUAGUGUCUCAUUUUUUGUUUACUUAGUUUACAUGUUUUUAAUAAUUGUAAAACGCUUAGAGCUUUAUGGUAAGCGCUAUAUACAAAUGCCUAAAUAAAUAAAUAGUGUUAAAGGCUGAUGAGAAGUCUAUGAAAAGCACUCUGGCAUAUGUUUUAGAACUGCCUUGGUGAUGGUAAAGUCUCUCCAACAAUAGUAAGAUUAUCCUCCGUACUUCUGGCAGGUUUGUAAGCAAAUGGACGGGGGUCAAUUUUUGUUGUACUUCAUUCAAAAUUUCUUUCAGAAUUAUUUUCUCAAAACAUUUCAUGACAAUAGAGGUAAGUUCAACAGGUCGUAAGUCGUUGUUGCACUUUACCUUAAUUUUCUUUGGAAUAUUUUUUUUUAAAACAACACAUGUCAUCAAGAUAUAGUAUAAUGGUUCAAAUUAUAAAAUAUGUUUUCUAUUUCAAAAGUUUCAUGACCAAAGUUUGAAGUUUACAAAUAAUAUUUUUUUAAAUCUUACUUUACAGAUUAAGAAUUACUCAUCAUUUCUCUAAGCUUUUUUAAACCUAUAAUUUAAAUUAUUUUGAUUAAAAGUGAUAACUUUUUAUUUAAAUUUCUCUCCCUCUCUUUUUUAAUGAGUGCGUGCUACCCAAUGUUUCCUACUAUAAAUCAAAAGCUAGUUACUGCCUCAUACUCUGCACCUCUUCCACUCGUGGGUCAUGUUAUAUUCAUUUCUCACAGCUUCGAAUACGUCCCCUUUGACAGACUUAUGAACGCUUUCGAAAAAUGAAACAUUCGAUGAUUUGCUCUUUUAUCUCUAGAUCCUGCCCCCAGACGUAUCUUUCUUACUUGCAUAAUCUUCUCAGCCUGGCCACAUGUUCAUCUGCAAAGAAGAACAGUUCAAGUGAAAACGAUAGUCAAACAAACCCCAUUUCUACAUUUCUACAUUUCACCAUGACAAUCCAAUUGUUAAAAAAAAAAAUUAAAAAUUGAAAUAGUUAUGUAGUACUGCCAUACCAAACACAAUCAUAAUUUCUCGUUCCUACUCUUAUUGUCUUAAGACGUGAUUAAAUAUAGGUGACAAUCCAUUUAGAACCGCCUCUUGGCUAACAUAGUGGUUCUAAUCCAUCCUAAUGCCACGCCAAUAUAAUGUAGUUUGUCAUGUUGUGGCGACCACCAACCAAAAAAUUAUUUUCGUUGCUACAGAGCAUACGUGUUUUCCGAUUCUCUCAUGAGACCCCACAGGUGUCGCGACCCACAGCUGAGAAUCGCUUGGCCAACUGAUCAUACGUUUGGACUAAUUAAUGUUCUAGUAAUCUUUGCAAGACUUGCACGUAUGUACUUGCAUCUAAACAAUGUAACUUUUCUAAGGGCAUCUUAACCAUUAAGGCAGACCGCAUCUUAUGUAUUUGUCAACAUGUGAUUAAAGUCAUUUUUUGCCGAAUAAGUUACUUGUUUUAUAUAUUGAAGAAGGGACUAACAUUUUUAAAUAGACACAGUGAACAUCUUUGAGACAUCUCAUUUCAUGUUGAUGGAGUCAAUCAUAAAGGCGCGUCAGAUUUGUAAGUCAGAGCACCAAUUGAAUAUACGGCUACAACCACUAAAUUGAGUAAAAUGCAUAUGUUAAAAAAAGGCCUAGGUACGAUAUUGCCCAAUUAUCUCUAGUGUUUCAUUAAUGAAUUGAAAUUUUUACUUCUUGAAAAGUGGUACUUCCAUUUAACGUCUUCUUAUUCACAUUUAAAGCCAAUUUUACAGUUAAAUCCUAUUUUUAGUUCUUGCAUUUAAUAUUUAUUUUUACAUGGGUGGUCAAUGGUCACGUAGAUCGUGCUCCCAUCUGGUUGGAAAUUAGCUAGAAUAUUUCUUUACUUGUGAAUUAUAUCCAUGAAUGGAAAAAAAUAAUGCAGUGCUCGGAGAUUUCGGAUCUCUUCUAUUCAUCUAAGUAGUGUACAAAAAUAAGAUCUAGAUCACAUCCGAAACCAUCCCUUAUUAUUUGAAAAAUAUUUCUUGAUAAUGUGUCUUUAUACUACAACAAGAGCUGAUCGUAAUCCUGAUAAGUUUUAAUAUCCUACAAUGUUAAUGUUUUUCAGAUACAAAUUUGCAAACUUGUAAACAUGUUGAGGAGGAAUUACCAGUACCAUACAGCAUAAAGUUCGAUUGCAAUAUGAGGGUAUCUUCAGAAAAUGUGCCACUUUCUGUUGAAAUAGUUAACACAACCGUAAUUGUAUGUAAUCUUUUAAAUGAAGAUUGUUUAAACUUUUUACCGUACCAAAUAAAUAUUACCUCAAAGAAUCUGACAACUGGUAGAAUAAACUUAGAUCUAGACAUUUACGAUAUUUCAAACGAAACUCUAAAUAAGAUUGGAAACUGGACGAUCGUUUAUAAUUCUGAAGUCAUAUGUUCACAAUAUCUUAGCGCAUCAGGUAAGUUUUGUGUUGUAUCCUCGUUGUAGUUUUGCUUUUUUUUUUGUCAUUAGUAGUUAGAUGUCAGUUAUUAUGAAAAGUUUUGCAAAAUGGUUUUGAUAUAAUUGUUUCUGAGAUUCUGUGCCGUGGAAGAAACAUAUUUUGAGCUAUGACAAAUGCUUGAAUACUAGAUCCGCGUAGUCUAGAGAAAGUGUCUCAAGUCUCAACGUUAUUUACCUUAAAGGAUGCCAGCUUAUCAUUUCUUUCUUUCUAAAACUGUAUUAAACCACUUUUCUCAACAGGCUGUACUUCUUCACGAAUCGCGCCUGAACUUCUGAAAAAACUAAAUUUAAGACGAUCGGUUGUUUGUCCUUACCUGCCUCGUCAAGGUCUUCCAGGUUCUAAUUCAAUGCACGG